AUGCUGAACAAAUUUGGAGGAGUGAUAUCCGGUGCAGUCGUGUUUGCCAUAAACUACAGUGGGACGAAAAAGGGCCAAGUGAGCCUGAACACAUACAUCGCUCUCAUCUCGAUCCAGUGCACUGGUCCAUUUUUUGCGCUGCUGCUAUCGCCACCAGAGAAGGUGAUCAGAAAAGAUAAUACCUGUGUCGAGACAAACGUGGUCAAGGAUAGUCUCAGGAAAAUGUGCAAAAGAUACCUAGGCCUGUUGAGAAGAAAGGAGAUUACGCUUCUGCUCCCCAUCCUCGUAGGUAACACAUGGUACAAAACAUGGCAGAGCAACUUUAUGACACAUAACUUUUCGGUCCGCGCAAGAGCGUUGAACGUUCUUCUCACCGCCCUGAUUGGGGGCGCCGUGGACCUAGUUGGAGGCGCCUUUCUCGACUGCGAAAAAAUAUCUGUUGGUUUGCGGGCCAGAAUAUCCUGGUUUUUCAUCGUGUUUUUCGAGUCGGGCUUUUAUAUCUGGGGCUUCAUUGUGCAGAGACACUUGGCUGAUAGCACGAGCACCCUUGAUUGGGCGACAGGGAGGUACUACUACGACGCUUAUGUGCCAAUGCAGGUUUUCAAAAUACCGACCGAGUUUGUUUUCAAUUGGGUGUUCUGGGUGGUAAGCGUGCAAGAGUUUAGCUCCAAGGAGAAUGCUUAUAUUUCCGGUCUCAUCAGAGCCGUUGAGUCGUUUGGUUCGAUGCUGUCUUUCCUGGUGGGAGUCGCAAAUGGAAAUGACAUGGUGAACUUGUCAGUGGCGGCAGCUGUGUUUUGGGCUGCUGUCCCAAGCGUAACAUAUCUGGUUCUUAGAGUUCUGAAGAUCACGCAUACUAACCCUGAAAGCGUUGUUGUCCAAAAGAAGAAGAGUGGCGACCUAGUUGAAAUUACAGAAGAAAUUGAGUAA